AUGGCAGUGGGUGUUUCUGAUGACCUCCUCAGGACCAGUCUGGUGUUUGAGCAGGUCGACGUCGGCACACUGCACGGCCUGCUGCACAACAAGCGAGCAGAGUUCCCAGUCCUGCAGGAAGGGUGGAUCCUCUCUGUGAUGCUGCAGGUCUGUGAGGGUCUUCAUUUCCUCCACAGGGGGGCACUGGUGAUGAGGGCCCUCUCUUCACAUAGCGUGAUCCUCACAAAGCUCACAGUCGCUAAACUAAGCUGUUUAGGCUUCAUUGUCUCCAGCAGUGAGACUUCAUGUGUUAAACCCCCCCACUACAUGGAGCUUCCCCCCAGCCUGCACAGGUGGGCUGCUCCUGAAGUCAUCAAACAGAGAGCCUGCAGGGAAGAGGCUGACAUCUACAGUGUGUGUGCUCUGAUCCUGGAGCUGUAUACAGAUGAUGAACCAUGGGGCACAUUGGACCCGCUCAAAAUCAAACAGGCGAUGGAUUCAGGACAGGCCCUGUCAGUAAACAACGUUCCACUGCCGUACUAUGAGCUGGUGUCCACAGGCCUGCAGCUGGAGCCUCAGAACCGGACCUGCAGCCUGCAGACUCUGACAAACACACUGCAACAGGACAUCAAGAGGCUCUGCAUGGAUGAACAGCCGGGGGUUAACAUCAGUGCCUCCCCAGAACCAGAUCCUGAGUGUAGAGUCCAGACCAGAACACAGCAAACCACUGUGAAGGAACAAGUACAUAGUGCUGUUUGUAGAGCUUUAAGGCCAGUCACAACCCAAGCAAGCACAGAAGAGGAAAGUGAUGAAGUACCUCUUAACAAACAGCUGGACAGAAGACCACAGUCCGAGUCAGACAGAGAGGGAGAUACAUGUUCAGAAGGAGAACCAAUGCUCCCUCACCCUCACACACUCACCCUUCCUCUGCUUAGUGAGUCUGACUCGAGCAGUGAUGAUGAAGAACCUGACUCAGUAACAGACGAUGAAGAACCUGAUGCAGACAUGGAGACGGUGGAGCAGCUGGUUGGCCUGAUGCAGCCCAGAAUAAAUCAGCAGAUCAGUACAAUAUCAGUGAACCUAAAAGUGUCGAGGGAGCUGCUGCAGGAGGCACACAGGAGUCUGGACAUAGUGGAGAACCACUGCCAGCUGGUCCACAGAAAUGCUCCUCCCUGUAUCCGUGACAACACAUCCUCCUCCUCCUCCUCCUCCUCCUUCUUAUCUAUGUCCUCAGAAGAUCCUUGUGGGGUCACAGCUGCUGUUGGACCUCCUUCAGAGUGGUACACUUUCUCCCCUUAUGGGAGAGAUGACUGGACAGAGAACCUGGUGUUCCAGCUUCUGAGCAGAGACUUUAAGCUUCUGAGUGAGGAAGAGCUGUCUUUAUGGCUGGGUCAUUAUCCAGCUGAUCAGAUGCAGUGUGAGCAGAGAUGGUCUCUGCCAGGUCUCUCUACAGGAGAAGCUGAUCAGUGCUCGGAGCAGCUGAGUCAGUAUGUUUCUGCUCUGGAUGACAGCGACCUCAACAUCAUGUCUGACAGGAAGCAGCAGACUUCCAGGUCAGAAGAAGAUGCAGAUGUAACAGUGGAGAUGUGCAGACCAGCAUCUACAGGGAAUCUGCUGGUGGAUACUCAGAACACUAAGUACGAGAGUGUCCCUAAACACUGUGAAGAAACUGUCACUGAUGCUGCUGCCGGUCAAACACAACAUACAUCUAACACCAACAUGACAUGUUCUGAUGUGGCUCUGUUAGCUGAAAUGUCCAGCAUCACAUGUUCUCCGGCUCAGCUUCAACAGAAACUCUGUAGUCCCCCUGUGAACACACGAGCCCUGCCCUGUUACAGUACCCCUUACAGUCCAGACACUCAUCGGCGCGUAAAGAUUAUGGAAGCCGAUCUCCCACAAUCCCCUGCAUGCAGCGCCCUUCAUUCUGCCAACCUGAAGAGUUUCAACACAGCAAGAGAAGACUCAAUACAGGGCUUCAACAGUUUCCAGCCUCCGCCUUUCAGUAUGCACUCUCCCUGCAGCUCCCAGACCUUCAUCACUGCCUGCCUGCAGAGCGAUACCACAUCUCACACCUCCAUCGCCCACAGCACUGAGGAAGAGGAGUACAGAAGUGAGGAAGAGGAGGAGGAGGAGGGAGAGAGAGCAGGGGUCGCUGAGGCAGAGCAGAGGGAAGAGGAUGGAACCAGCCUUAGUCGACCUCUGGUACAUUUGGAGGAUGAAGAGCAAGCUUAUGAAGAAGAGGAGAAAUCAUCACAGACUGCAAAAGAAAGCAGGGACGAAGAGGAAAACAUGGCAGAGCAGAGUGAGGAAGAAGAGCGUGUUGAAGAAGGAUGUGAUGAAGAGGAGUGUGUUAAAGAAGGAAGUGAUGAAGAACAUUGUGUUGUAGAACGAUGUGAUGGAGAGGAGUGUGUUGAUGAGUACACUGGUGAAAAAGAGCGUGAUGAAGAGUACAGUGAUGAAGAUGAGCGUGUUGUAGGGGGCAGUGAUGAAGAGGAGUCGGUUGCAGGCAGCAGUGAUGAAGAUGAGCGUGUUGAAGAGGAGUGGGUUGAAAAGGGCAGUGAUGAAGAUGAGGCCGGCUCUGUCACCCACAGAGAGGUGAGAACACAGCAGAUUCACACACUGAUGGUGGGGUCUGAUCCAUUAAGUGGCCACGUACAGGAGCUGGGGAUCGAACCCCCAUCCUCAGCUGAAGAGAUGACUGAUGACCCCAAACACUUUUAA